GAUUCAUAAUAUCCAGAUUUGAUCAAUAGCCUACCGUACUGUGGGAUAUCGUUGGACCUGCGAUGGGCUCCAACGUAGGGGGAUAUGGAAUGGCUCGCUCGGGAAUCUUUAUCGUGUUGAUGGGGUUGUGGAGGUUUAGCUCUGCUUGCCCUGCAUCCUGCACUUGCAGCAUCUCAAGGCUUGUUUGUAUCGAUCCUGACCCAGGGAUCGAGGAUUUCCCUAUCCUUACGUUAGAUGACAUGGAAAUGGACAUCAACAUCACCGAUAUAUACAUUGCAAAUCAAAAUCGACUAUUUGACAUCAAUGAUAACAGCUUGAAGUACUACUCGAAUCUCAGAAAUCUAACUGUGACAAAUACGGGACUGACUUCUAUCUCAUCAGAAGCCUUUUUAAACAAUACAGGACUUCAAUAUCUGAAUCUGAGAGACAAUAACUUGUCAACACUGUCCUGGAGGACAUUCAUAAACUUAAACAUGACAUCUUUUCCUCUCCUGUCUGGUAACCCUCUGGAGUGUGUAUGUGAGAACAUGUGGAUCAAACUGAGGUUGCAAGAGGACAUUGACAGUUCAGAGAGUCAAGAACUGAAAUGCAUAGAUGACCUUGGAGUGAGGAGGGCCAUCACCAGAUUAAUCUUCCCUGAUUGUGAGGCUCCCGCAGUGGAGGUCAGUCCCUCUAUCGUCACAAAGACGGAGGGAAGUGAUGUCACAGCAGUGUGCAGUGCAACAGGGUCUCCUGCCCCUGAGAUCUCGUGGAAUUUGGACACCCUCUUCACCAGCCAUGAGGUCAAUGUCUUGGGGCUGGAAAGCAAUCUGACACUGUCAGGUCUCUCGCCUUCGGACAACGGCAGAGUGAUCACUUGCAAUGUGGAGAACGUAGUUGGCCAAACUGAGGCUUACCUCCAACUCAACAUCCUCUUUUGCCCCACUAUCCUGGAGCUGCUGGAGCCAUUGAGACUCCACCACUGGUGUAUCCCUUUCAGUGUGACCGGGAACCCCAAGCCCAAGCUGCAGUGGUACCACCAGGACCAGGAGCUCCACGAACAAGAGUAUAUCAAGACUGAGAUACACAAGAGCCUUGGAAGCGUUCACCACGGCUGCCUGCAGCUUGCCAACCCGACUCACAUCCACAACGGGCAGUACACACUGGUGGCCAGGAACGAGUUCGGGGAGGACCAGAAAGUAAUUGACGCCCACUUCCUGCUCCCGCCAGACGAGGGCGACUAUCCCUCAGAACAGCCAUAUUACCCUUACACCACUGACUCACCACUACCCCCAAUAGACGACAGUGUUGCAGUGUACGUAGUGGUGGGAAUCGCUGGCGUGGCAUUCAUUGUAUGUGUUCUGAUGGUGAUCAUUCUGAAAUACGGAAGAAACUCUAAGUUUGGGAUGAAGGGCUCCUCCUCCUCGGUCAUCAGUAACGACGAUGACUCCGCCAGUCCUCUUCAUCACGUCUCCAAUGGCAACAACACCCCGUCGUCCUCGGAGAUGAGCCACGAUGCGGUGAUCAUUGGAAUGACAAAGAUCCCUGUCAUCGAGAACCCGCAGUAUUUCCGCCAAUCUGGCAGCAUGCUGAAAUCGGACACAUUUGUCCAGCACAUCAAGAGACACAACAUUGUGCUGAAGCGUGAGCUGGGAGAGGGGGCCUUUGGGAAGGUGUUUCUGGCUGAGUGCUACAACCUGACCCCAGAUCAGGACAAGAUCCUGGUGGCUGUCAAGACGUUGAAAGAGGCCAGCGAGAGCGGCCGUGCUGACUUCCACCGGGAGGCGGAGCUACUGACCAACCUGCAGCACGAGCACAUCGUCACCUUCUACGGCGUAUGUGUGGACAGCGACCCGCUCAUCAUGGUGUUCGAGUACAUGAAGCACGGCGACCUCAACAACUUCCUCAGGUCCCAUGGUCCUGACAUGGUGCUGAUGGCUGAUGGGCAGCACAGCCUGAUGGUGGAGCUGACCCAGUCCCAGAUGCUGCUCAUCGCCCAGCAGAUCGCUGCAGGCAUGGUCUACCUGGCCUCCCAGCACUUUGUCCACAGAGACCUGGCCACACGCAACUGUCUGGUGGGAGAGAACCUGCUGGUCAAGAUUGGGGACUUUGGCAUGUCCAGGGACGUGUACAGCACCGACUACUACAGAGUGGGGGGUCACACCAUGCUGCCCAUCCGGUGGAUGCCUCCUGAGAGCAUCAUGUACCGGAGGUUCACCACGGAGAGCGACGUCUGGAGUCUGGGCGUGGUCCUCUGGGAGAUCUUCACCUAUGGGAAGCAGCCCUGGUACCAGCUCUCCAACAAUGAGGUGAUUGAAUGCAUCACCCAGGGGCGCGUGCUGCAGCGGCCGCGUUCUUGUCCAAAGGAGGUGUACGACCUGAUGCUGGGCUGCUGGCAGAGAGAACCCUACAUGAGACUGAACAUCAAAGAGAUCCACAGCCUGCUCCAGAAUCUGUCCAAGGCCUCGCCUGUCUACCUGGAUAUUCUGGGCUGAGUGAGUCUGGUUGGCUGGGUUUGUGUAUGGGUGGGAAUGAGUGUGGAGUUGUGUGCGUGCGAGCGAGCGAGCAUACUGUUUGUAUGGAUGUGAAUAAGGGUGGAGUUUGUGCGUGUGAGCAUACUGUAUGUGUGUAUAUGGGUAGGAUGAGGGUGGAGGUGUGUGUGAGCAUACUGUAUGUGUGUAUAUGGGUAGGAUGAGGGUGGAGGUGUGUGUGUGAGCAUACUGUAUGUGUGUAUAUGGGUAGGAUGAGGGUGGAGGUGUGUGUGAGCAUACUGUAUGUGUUUCUGUGUGCUGACUGUGCUUCUGCCUCCUCAUCACAUAGACAAAAGCCUUACAUUUGAUUGCAAUUUCCUUUCCUUGUCCAUUUGAAAAUACUCUUAGGACCCUUUUCUCAAACCCAGAUUAAAAGAAUCCCGGAGUAGGCCCAAUUCUGGUUUAGUUAAUCAAGAGCAAAAAAUAGGAUUUCAUAAACAUCAGUUAACCUUGAAUUACAUACUCCUGGACUUUGACGGGGACUUUUUAAAUAAUAGUCAAAGAAUAACUUAAUAAUGUCCAUGAAACCAAAUGAUCAGUAAUCUUUAUUAAAUUGUAAUUUAGUCAAGGAGUAGGCUAAAUCUGGGUCAGCGAAACAGAUCCUUAAUGUACUUUUUUUUUAUUGUACUGUGAUUGCUGGUGAUAAACCAAGGGAAAAUGACUGCGUGUCAAAAUCAUCAUGGACACGUGCCAACAUGGAUACAGCAUUUCCUUGUUCCUCCUAACAUGAGGAGGAACAUCUCGUGUGGAGCGACAUAUAAAGUCGAGACGUGCAAAGAAAACUAAACCCAUUGCAAUGAAGUAAGGCUUACCGCUUAUAUAGAUGUCAUGGACUAUUUUUAUGAUGUGAGAACUUUCUAAUUGAUGUCAAGGGCUCUGGACUCUGUUGUUUUCAUGUUAAAUCAUGUCUUUACAUUUUGAUUUGUGACUGGACUCUGUUGUCGUCAUGUUAAAUCAUGUCUUUACAUUUUGAUUUGUGACUGGACUCUGUUGUCGUCAUGUUAAGUCAUGUCUUUACAUUUUGAUUUGUGACUGGACUCUGUUGUCGUCAUGUUAAAUCAUGUCUUUACAUUUGAUUUGUGACUGGACUCUGUUGUCGUCAUGUUAAGUCAUGUCUUUACAUUUGAUUUGUGACUGGACUCUGUUGUCGUCAUGGCCAACCAGAGCUGUGGACUUGAUAUGUUGACACUUGAAGGGUACCUCUUAGAACUUAUGACUUCAUAACACAUUCAUAAGCAAUAUGUAAGCAUGUCAUGAAUGUUUUUCCCCGUGUAUUUAUGAAAUGCUAAUGUACUGCAGUAUGUAGGGUUAUGAAUGUUAUGUUAAGUCUCUAUGUAGGUACCCUCAGUCCAGAGAGAAUGAGAGCCACACAACCAACACCGUUAAUCCCCUGAGUGUUAAUAUCCAUAUGUGCAUAUUACCAAAACACUUUAAUCUUAUUCAAAUAAGCGUUUACCUUUUAAAAGACAAUGGCAUCUCUAUGCCAUAUUUAUAAUUCUUUAUUUUUUUUUAAUAUUUUUUUUUAUGGAUGUUUUCUGGUUGUGGUUCAUUAUCAGUGGUAAUUUCUAUCUGAAUAUAUUUUGCUAGCUACUGACAUUGUCCAUUGUCCAUGUAGAAGGUGUUGGUGUUUUGAAUGUGGUUAGAAUGCACUACACAUGUCAGUCUUAACUGCAUAACUAAAGCACAGUGAAAAAGUAUAAAGUUGGAACAGGGAGGAACUUUGAGUUGCCUCAACUCAAAUCACAGCAGUAUGGAAGUUGAGCAUAGCAAAACAUUGUCCUUUUGUUUUGUCGUUUGUGAAGAGCACAUUCACCAGCAAUGGCUGGUGAUAGAGCCACCCCUUUAGAUAGAGAAUCCCCUUUAUCCUCCAGCGUAUGAUUAUUUUGGUGGCCCAGAACUCUACUACACUGUUUGUUUUGCAUUUUCAAAGGCAGCUUUACAAAUGUUGUUGAGGUUGUUGUCGACAUUGAUAAAAUGUUACAGUAUAUUGAAGCUGAUAGGAAAUUAUGGAUUUUGCCUUUGAGGAUAUUUGAUUUAUUUCAGCUGUACUUGUGGGGAAUCGACAGAGUAUGGGCGCUGCUCUUAGUAUGAGCCUUGAGUUAGAAAAGGUUUUCUGGUAGAAUACCCCUAUUCAGCUAUUUAUGCACUUAAAUUACUAAUUUACUUGAUUCCAUUUUGUAUAGCAUAUUAUUGCAACCAGGGUGUGAUUCUGUGAUCUUACAUUGAUUGAUAUACAGUAUAUAUCAUAUCCUAUAACAGGAUUCCCCACCUGGCGGCCAAAUUCGGCCCCUGGGGGAUUUUAUUUGCCCCCCAAGUUUUCUGAUAAAAAAAUAAUUAUAUAUUUUUAUUUUUGGACAUAAGAAUGUAAAAACACCAGAAAAGCAGCCCCAAUUGAUUUUAAUUUUGGUUAUAUGUUCCAAAGUAUUACCACGCAUAUUAGAGAUAUACAGUUGAAGUCGGAAGUUUACAUACACUUUAGCCAAAUACAUUUAAACUCAGUUUUUCACAAUUCCUGACAUUUAAUCCUAGUAAAAUGCCCUGCCUUAGGUCAGUUAGUAUCACCACUUUAUUUUAAGAAUGUGAAAUGUCAGAAUAAUAGUAGAGAGAAUAAUUUAUUUCAGCUUUGAUUUCUUUCAUCACAUUCCCAGUGGGUCAGAGGUUUACAUACACUCAAUUAGUAUUUGGUAGCAUUGCCAUUAAAUUGUUUAACUUGGGUCAAACAUCUCAGGUAGCCUUCCACAAGCUUCCCACAAUAAGUUGGGUGAAUUUUGGCCAAUUCCUCCUGACAGAGCUAGUGUAACUGAGUCAGGUUUGUAGGCCUCCUUGCUCGCAUAUGCCUUUUCAGUUCUGCCCACAAUUGUCUAUAGGAUUGAGGUCAGGGCUUUGUGAUGGCCACUCCAAUACCUUGACUUUGUUGUCCUUAAGCCAUUUUGCCAUAAGUUUGGAAAUAAGCUUGGGGUCAUUGUCCAUUUGGAAGACCCAUUUGUGACCAAGCUUUAACUUCAUGAUUGAUGUUGCCUCAAUAUAUCCACAUAACUUUCCUUUCUCAUGAUGCCAUCUAUUUUGUGAAGUGCACCAGUCUCUCCUGCAGCAAAGCACCCCCACAACAUGAUGCUGCCACCCCCGUGCUUCACGGUUGGGAUGGUGUUCUUCGGCUUGCAAGGCUCCCCCUUUUUCCUCCAAACAUAACGAUGGUCAUUUUGGUCAGUUAUAUUUUUGUUUCUUCAGACCCGAGGACAUUUCUCCAAAAAGUACGAUCUUUGUCCCCAUGUGCAGUUGCAAACCGUAGUCUGGCUUUUUUUAUGGCGGUUUUGGAGCAGUGGCUUCUUCCUUGCUGAGUGGCCUUUAAGGUUAUGUUGAUAUAGGACUCGUUUUACUGUGGCAAUAGAUAUUUUUGUACCUGUUUCCUCCAGCAUCUUCACAAGGUCCUUUGCUGUUGUUCUGGGAUUGAUUUGCACUUUUCGCACCAAAGUAAGUUAAUCUCUAGGAGACAGAACCCGUCUCCUUCCUGAGCGGUAUAACGGCUGCGUGGUCCCAUGGUAUUUAUACUUGCGUACUAUUGUUUGUACAGAUGAACGUGGUACCUUCAGGCGUUUGGAAAUUUCUCCCAAGGAUGAACCAGACUUGUGGAGGUCUACAAUUUUUUUCGGAAGUCUUGGCUGAUUUCUUUUGAUUUUCCCAUGAGCAAAGAGGGACUGAGUUUGAAGGUAGGCCUUGAAAUACAUCCACAGGUACACCUCCAAUUGACUCAAAUGAUGUCAAUUAGCCUAUAGGAAGCUUCUAAAGCCAUGACAUCAUUUUCUGGAAUUUUCCAAGCUGUUUAAAGGCACAGUCAACUUAGUGUACAGUAUGUAAACUUCUGACCCACUGGAAUUGUGAUAUAGUGAAUUAUAAGUGAAAUAAUCUGUUUGUAAACAAUUGUUGGAAUUUUUUUUUUUUAAAUCAUGCACAAAGUAGAUGUUCUAAACAACUUGCCAAAACUAUAGUUUGUUAACAAGAAAUUUGUGGGAUGGAUGAAAAUGAUUUUUAAUGACUCCAACCUAAGUCAAAUCAAAUCAAUGUUUAUUUGUUACGUGCGCCAAAUACAAACAGGUGUAGACCUUACAGUGAAAUGCUUACUUACAGGCUCUAACCAAUAGUGCAAAAAAGGUAUUAGGUGAACAAUAGGUAGGUAAAGAAAUAAAACAACAGUAAAAAGACAGGCUAUAUACAGUAGCGAGGCUACAUACAGACACCAGUUAGUCAGGCUGAUUGAGGUAGUAUGUACAUGUAGAUAUGGUUAAAGUGACAAUGCAUAUAUGAUGAACAGAGAGUAGCAGUAGCGUAAAAGAGGGGUUGGCGGGUGGUGGGUGGGACACAAUGCAGAUAGCCCGGUUAGCCAAUGUGCGGGAGCACUGGUUGGUCGGCCCAAUAAGGUAGUAUGUACAUGAAUGUAUAGUUAAAGUGACUAUGCAUAUACGUGUAUUUAAACUUCCGACUUCAACUGUAUGUGACCGUAUACAAACGUAAGCAAGGUCUGGACUUCAUGCGGUCUAUUUGUAGUCUACAAAUGAUUUAUAACUAUAUUCCGGCCCCCUGAGCAUCCGCUCAAUGAAGACAUCGGCCCGCAGCUGAAUCUAUACUGAACAAAAAUAUAAACGAAACAUGCAACAAUUUCAAUGAUUUUAUUGAGUUACAGUUUAUAUAAGGAAAUCAGUCAAUUUAAAUAAAUCAAUUAGGACCUAAUCUAUGAAUUUCACAUGAUGGGCCCACCAAUUUGGGAGCCAGGCCCACCCACUGGGGAUCCAGGCCCGGCCAACAAAAAUAACAACAAAAAUAAAUCUUAAAUUCAUCAUUCCAAACAGUCGAUUUCUGAGUGGAUAGACUAUUGUAAGUAUCUAAAGCCAGCUAUAUCUGAAUCAGCCAUCUGAGUUCUCCACAAAAGGGUUUUAUUACCAACAGAAAUACUCCUCAGUUUCAGCAGCUGUCAGGGUGGCUGGUCUCAGACGAUCCCACAGGUGAAGAAGCCGGAUGUGGAGGUUCUGGGCUGCCGUGGUUACACGUGGUGUGCGGUUGUGAGGCCGGUUGGAUGUACAACAUCAUUUUAGAGAAUUUGGCAGGAGGUGGCUUACGGUAGAAAUUAAUAUUAAAUUAUCUGGCAACAACUCUGGUGGACAUUCCUGCAGUCAGCAUACAAAUUGCACAGUCCCUCAAAACUUGAGACAUCUGUGACAUUGUGUUGUGACAAAACUUCACAUUUGAGAGUGGCCUUUUGUUGUCCUCAGCACAAGGUUAAUCUGUGUAAUGAUCAUGCCACACUUGCCAGGUGGAUAGAUUAUCUUGGCAAAGGAUAAAUGCUCACUAACAGGGAUGUAAAGAAAUUUGUGCACAAAAUUUGAGCAAAAUGAGCUUUUUGUGUGUAUGGACAAUUUCUGGGAUCUUUUAUUUCAGCUCAUGAAACACGGGACCAACAUUUUACAUGUUGCGUUUAUAUUUUUGUUCAGUGUAGUUGAUGAUCUUUGACCUAUAAGCUAUUGCAGUGGUUAGGAUCGGUUGUGAGAGUACCUUAAGUCUGAUCCCCCAUGUUGUACAGUAGAGAUGUGAGGCCUCCUGAACAGGUCCUAUCAAGGAUGUGAUGACUAGGUAACUCUGACAGAGUUGAGGCAGUAUGUACCACUAUAUGAUUACCUAAACAACUUCCUAUCAACCACCAUUUCCCCUGCUUUUGACUGAAUCUUCAUGGUGAUCAUGCAUUCCCUAUUAUGACUGGUCAAUAUGGAAUAGGACCAUUCAUGUCACAGGGAUCUGCUAAGUGUCUGUAUGUAAGGCAUUUUAAAUCAGAUUGUUUCUGCAGUGAUAUCAAUGUAAAAUCUUUCCACAUUCUCUAUCUCUAUGCUGUCUUUACUGGAGUAGGCUAAGGCCACGAUUCAAUCCGGACUGCGAAAGAUCCACGUUGUAGCGCAGUUUGCAUUUAACGGUCAUUUCCAAUUGAGCCGACAUCUGCAGUGUUUACUUUGAACACGAUCUCCACGGCGACGCUAACAGGCAUAGCCGAAAAGGGGCUAUCGGAUAGAAUCUUGGCCGAACUCUUACUCAUAAACGUGAUCUCUACACUACUGUUUUAUCAGUGAUACUACAUAAGAUCCCAGUUCCCAUAACCUUUGGCUUUUGAUAUGGAGAUUAUCCAGUGCAUUAAUGUUUGCUGUGGCAAUAGAUUAACUUCAUAAUGCUCUUUAGUGAGUCAGAAGUGCACACCCAAACUCCUAUGCUUUGAGCCACUGUCAAUUCAAUUGUUGUAUUAUCACCAUCAUCCCUGUUCCAUUCUUUGCUAAACACCACAAAAACCUGCCCUCAGCUAUGUUGGACUGUCUGCAACAUAACACUGAAAAAGCGUACAUAUUUGUUUGGCGACCAUGAUCCGUCAAUGGUUGGUUCUUUCUUGACCAGUUCCAGCAUUUUAGGCCAUUCUCUAUUAUAGUCAUGUGUGUCUGCUCUGAAUAUUCUGAAUCGCCUGUAAUCUGCAUUCCAUUCUGUACAGUUCGUAUAUUUGUCUAAAUUAAUAGUAUGUUCAAUAGUAUAUUCUGUUUCAAACAGGUACUUUAUCAAAAAACGUGUGACAAAAAUGUGUUAUGGGCCACUGGCAAUAUGUAAAUACAAAUAUAUUAGUGCUAAAAAAACAAAUAUAAUUUAUUUGUGCUUGUUCAUAUCAGUGAGAAUACUAUCACAUUUUUUGGUGGAACUUUGGAACUCGAGAAGAGAUUCCUUUAAAAUUGUAUUUUCUCUAUGAAGAAGGAACUGAUUCAGUGCUAUAUCCCAGCUCACCCUUCUUUCCUAUCUGGUGGAAGGACCAUAGAGGUUAUGACUGACUGAGUGCCGUCUGUCUGUGAGAAGGCCAUAACGUCUUGGUCACCUGGAACGUCGAAGGACCAAAUCCAGCGACCAGGUGAACCAAUGGGGACAGAGGCCAUCAUUUCCCCACCCAACCACUCGUCUAUUUCUGGCCUAUUGGUCUUCUUUCAGAUGAAUAACUGUGACUUUGUAUCAUGAAUAAUAGUAUGUUAUUUUGAAUGUAAUCACUCGGGAUGGGACCUUUUUUUGAAUGUAAUCUCUUGGGAUGGGGGGGAUUGCCACUGGUUAUUUUGUAAAUAUGAAAAAGCAUCAUUUAAUUGUUUUUCUUAUCCCUGUGCAGAUAUGUUUUACUUGCUGGCUGAAUGAUAUCGAGUGAGAGUCAGUGUAUGCGUUCAUACGUUUGUGAGUAUGAUGCCCCUGAGCUGCGGUGUGUGUGUUUUUUCCCCCCAGCAGAUUCAGUGUCACUGCUUACGUAACAUUCAAUUCUAUCAAUCAAAUCUUUGUGCAUCAUGCGAGUAACUUCUCUGCAGUUAAUGGAAUUGUUCCUUGUAACACUGUGCAUUUAAUAAAGGUGGUAUGUCUUACAAUAA